UCUAAGUACGUUCAUAUGAUUUCUUUCUUUGUUUUUCGGGGCUAGCUUCAAAAUUUUCUCUCGUCAAUAAAACCAUUCUUGUUUCAAUAACAAUCACAAUUUCAAUCAAUGGAUCCUGCAGAACUGAAACGUGUAUUUCAAAUGUUCGAUCGAAAUGGAGAUGGCCGGAUCACAAAGCAGGAACUUAGUGACUCGUUACAAAACUUGGGCAUCUAUAUCCCAGAUAGAGAUAUGAUGCAAAUGAUAGAAAAGAUCGAUGUAAACGGAGAUGGGUUCGUCGAUAUUGAUGAAUUUGGGGUAUUGUAUCAGACAAUAAUGGAUGAAAGGGAUGAGGAGGAGGACAUGAAGGAGGCAUUCAAUGUGUUUGAUCAAAAUGGUGAUGGGUUUAUCACUGUGGAGGAGUUGAGGUCAGUGUUGGCUUCCUUGGGGCUCAAGCAAGGCAGGACUGUAGAAGAUUGCAAAAAGAUGAUCAAGAAAGUGGAUGUGGAUGGAGAUGGAAUGGUCAAUUUCAAGGAGUUUAAGCAAAUGAUGAAAGGUGGUGGGUUUGCUGCCCUAAGUUCAAGUUAAAAAAAAGGUUGCAUGCAUGCAUGUAAAGGCUUUUUCUUUGUUUUUUCUUUUUGUGAGAAUAGAGGGAGAUAAAGGAAGAACAAAGAAGAGGGAACCUUGUGACUUUGUUACACUAAAGUUUUCUAGGUCUUUGAGUCAACAAAGUUAUUAACCUCCCUUUUGUUUUUUCUUGUUUUUCUAUCAAUUACUAUUUGGCUAUUAUGUCCAAUUGUCCAUGGUGAUCUUGAAAUUGGGAGCGUAGAGCUUGUCUAUAUGCAAUCUCAAACUCUUUUGAGAUCCUUGUCUUCGCAAUUCCGGUA